AUGCAGAAAAUCCUAACACCAACAACCUCAGCUUGCAACCAGUCCACCCAGGACCGGUGCACGACUGCAGGCCAAGCUUUUAGCUCAGGCUCAAGGACCUCGAAGUCCUCAGCCAUCCCACCCCCCGUGAAGUCCAGGGGCCCGAAUUCUGGGGCCAAUGCGCAUCAGAUGCGCAGGAUCAUCGCCGAGGAUGCUGAGUGGUCGCUGGCCACCGUGCCCCUGCUCACAGAGCUCUGCAUUCAGCACAUUGUCAAGAAUUUCCAGAACAACCCUGUCCUGAAGCAGCUGCUCCCAGGACACCAGCAGAAGGUCCUGAACCACCUGUCCCCUGACCUACCACUGGCCGUGACUGCCAACCUGAUCGAUGAUGAGAGCUACUGGCACCGCUGCUGCAUGCAGCGCUGGCCCGUGUGCCACUUGGACUGCCACGGCGGCAGCUGGAAACGCAUGUUCUUUGAGCGGCACCUGGAGAAUCUGAUAAAGCAUUUCAUCCCAGGCACCACGGACCCCGCCGUGAUCCUCAACCUACUGCCGCUCUGCAGACACUAUGUGCGUAGGGUCCGGGUGGAUCAGUUCCUUCCACCAGUGCAGCUACCACCUCCGCCACACAAUGGGGACCAAUCUGACUCCGGCAGCGAGGGAGAGAUGGAGGAGCCCACCAUGGACCACUACCAACUGGGUGACCUGGUGGCUGGCCUGAGCCAGCUGGAGGAGCUGGACCUGGUGUAUGGUGUCAAGGACUGUGGCAUGAACUUCGAGUGGAACCUCUUUCUCUUCACCUACCGUGACUGCCACUCCUUGGCGGCUACCAUCAAGGCAUGCCGCACCCUCAAGAUCUUUAGGCUGACCCGGAGCAAGGUGGGUGAUGACAAGGCACGCACCCUAAUUCGCAGCCUGCUGGACCACCCAGCCCUCGAGGAGCUGGACCUGUCACACAACCUCAUUGGGGACCGUGGUGCACGUGCUGCCGCCAAGCUGCUGAGCCACAGCCGCCUGCGUGUGCUCAACCUGGCCAACAACCAGGUGCGUGCGCCCGGUGCCCAGUCGCUGGCUCACGCUCUGGCACACAACACCAGCCUCCUUUCUCUCAACCUGCGCCUCAACUGCAUUGAGGAUGAGGGCGGCCAGGCACUUGCCCAUGCCUUGCAGACCAACAAGUGCCUCACCACCCUGCACCUUGGCGGCAACGAACUUUCUGAGCCUACAGCCACACUCAUCUCCCAGGUGCUCUCUGUCAACACCACGCUCACCAGCAUCAACCUGUCCUGCAACCACAUAGGACCGGAUGGUGGGAAGCAGCUCCUGGAAGGCAUGUCAGACAACAGAACCCUACUGGAGUUUGACCUGCGCCUGUCCAAUGUAGCCCAGGAGAGUGAGUACCUCAUUGGCCAGGCCCUCUGUGCCAACCGUGAAGAAGCCCGCCAGCGGGUCCUGAAUCCCGGCCACUUCCUGUCGCCACUCACUGAGAAGGGCUCUGAGAACCCUGCAGGAUAA